AUCUUAACAUCGAUUGUGUGUAAACUGAAAGUUGAGUGAUAUGGAUAUAAAGGGAUUUGUCAUUUUUGAGAAUUUCAAGUAAAAUAAUAAUAAUAAUGAUGAUAGUUUUAAAAACAAUGGAUAUUGGUGCAUUCAGUUGGCUGUUCGUCUCUAUAUUUCUAUCAUGUUUAUCGGUCAGUAAUGGUCAAGGUGUGUGUACGGGUAUAACUCCGUGUAACUGUAAGUUUGAGAACGGACAAUUUCUUCAUCUAGAUGGUAUUGCGAGAACAGAUGGAGCACCGAGAUUUGUGAACGUGUCAGACAAGCACGAGAUGUCAUACUCGUGGAACCCGUGCUUCAAUUUUACAGAAGGUGCUUGUAAGGAGGUGGCGAUGUGUGGAAUACAGCCAUCAAUACCACACGACCUAUAUUUAUCCCUCGGCUAUCAGAGCACGGCAAACUUCAUCACUAAUCAGUCUGACAACUCUGUGACCCUGGUAUACAAAACCCAAGGAAACCCUCUCAGAACGUCUUACGUGUCCUUAAUUUGUGUGAAAGGAGAUGUUAAAGACAAUUAUUUCAAAGCUAUUGGGCAAAAACAACAGUUAUCUACAGAUUUUUAUUUUGAAUUACGCAGUCCACUGGCAUGUCCGCAAGGGGAACCUAUAGUUUCUUCUACGCCGAAACCAUCCUCGUCCCAUAACACUGCAUUAGAAGCGGGCCUCAUCACAGUCUCUAUUGUUGCAUUUGCACUUAUGGUGGCGCUAACAACUGUGGUGCUGAAAAUGAAAGUAAAGAUCUGCAAGGAUGACAAACGUUAUGAUGAGCUCUGAAGUGUUUUUUAUGUAGCAAUACAAAACCACUCGUGGUUAUAUGUGCUAAUAAACAAAUUUAAUAUACAAAUAGGAGAAAAAAUGGUGCAGACAAAAUUGUGUUUAAAAUAAAAGAUAAUGAGCUGUUGGUUACUUUAUCUAGGUAAAUAAACAUUUCUUAAUGUUAAUACGUUUGAAGCCUUUAAUAGAAUGACGUGUGUCUUCUUUCAGCAAUUGCUUAUAUCUCAUUGAUAAAAAUAUUUGAUUUAAAGUUAGCGGCAACAAGUGCUAAUUUGGCUUGAAAAAUGAAAUGAAAAUAAAAUUUAUCAGUAAUAAAUGCAUUGUGCAAUAAAG